AUGAUCUCAGCUACAUACCUUGUCCUAUUCCUUUCUUUGGCCACCCCCGCAGUGAAGGCGCAGCAAACAGGGUUCCCUCCUGGUGUCAUCGCGACUGGACCAGAAGGACCGACCAACCCUCCCCGACCGACGCUAGGUACCCCAAUAAACCAAACCAGCAUGGCUCGCCUGGUCACGGUGAACUCUGUUGAUGACUUUUGUCUCUUCGCCCCUCCCAACUUGGAGGAGAUAGGGGAUUCCGAGACAUACGAGGUUGCGUGGUGCACGAAACCCAGGAACAACGCUCGCGUUAUCCCAGAUGGGACUCUGACAGGGGUAACCUUCCUCAGAACCGAUUUCUACGUCCAAGUCAUCGGAUUCGGGAACUUUACCAAACUCAACAUACCCCAAGGGGAUUACGGAGGUGAACUGGAUCCUCAUGGACAAUACGGCGACGGCAACCCCAUUGGUGGAAACGUAACAUCCAACAUCACAGGCAGCGACCAGAACUUUGCGGAAUGGAUGCUAUACAUCGACUAUAACCAAUUCUGCAUGAGGGUAUGCACAAACGCCAACUCGACGUACAGUGCUGCUGAUAUGUGCUGGCACGAACUCGACGAGAUGGGAUGUGAAUUCGUCAUGCCGGCGGACUACAACGUCAACGGAACCUUGUCGCAUGUGAGCUUCGUGAAUCCCAAAGAAAAAGAGAUCAACUGA